UCCAUCGUGUCACCCUCAAACGCUCCAUUUCCCGCGAAAGCCUCUUCCUCUCUCUUUCCUUCAUUUUUUUUUUCUCUCUCUAACAAAUUUCUCAUCUCUCAGGAUUUACCAGUAGGACACUCACAAAAUCAUAAAGAAAAAAAAAAAAAACAAAACAUUAUUAAUCACAAAUUUCAAUGAAGAAAAUUCGAUAAAUAACGGCAAUGUCGAGCAACAACGAAUGUCCAUCGUCAACAGCAGAAACGACGUCGCCCUCGUCUGCAUCAACGCCAACAAGAUUCAAGCUUAGAAAGAUUCCUCCAAUUCCGAUUCGACGUACAAAAACGCAUUUAAAUGAUGGAACCGUCUCAUCAUCACCUUUUGAUGAUGAUGCUAGUAACGAAAAUGAGAAUGAUGAUGAUAAUCAGCUUUCCAAUAAGUCGGCAAAGGAAGAAAAGAAUACGCCGAUUAUUAUGGCAUCCUCUCUCGGAUUGAACCAUAUCAGAACACAAUCCACUCCUUCGCUUUCUCCUCUUAGGUUUUCAUCAAAUGCGGGCAAACUUUCAAAUCUCGGCAAUAAUAACGACAAGAAGAACGGUUUGAUUAAGGAAGAUAAAGGUGGCAGCAGCGUCGAUAUGAAGCUGAAAUGUGCCCUUCCUCUUCAUAGUGUGUCCUCUACGGAACCAGGGAAAAGAAUUGCCUGGUGUCAAUCAAAAUCAUCAAAGUAUCCAUCAGGACCGUUACCACUAAAUCCUGCGGUGGAGAGUCAUCAUGCAGCUUUUGCCAGGGAAUUGCAGUCUCCAAGGUUUCAAGCAAUACUGCGUGUUACGAGUGGUCGAAAAAAGAAAGCUCCGGAUGUUAAGAGCUUCUCUCAUGAGCUCAAUUCUAAAGGAGUUAAACCUUUUCCUGUUUGGAAAUCAAGGGCUUUUGGUCAUAUAGAGGAAGUCAUGGUGGCAAUUAGGGCAAAAUUUGACAAGUUAAAGGAAGAAGUUGAUUCUGAUUUAGGUAUAUUUGCUGGAGAUUUGGUGGGCAUACUUGAAAAGACUUGUGAUUCUCAUCCUGAAUGGCGCGAAAGUUUGGAGGAUUUGUUGGUUAUAGCUAGACAAUGCUCGAAAAUGUCACCUAACGAAUUCUGGGUUAAAUCUGAGGCCAUUGUUCAGACUCUAGACGAUAAGCGUCAAGAACUACCAAUUGGGAUAAUAAAACAAGCGCACACACGCCUUCUUUUUAUCCUUACUCGAUGUACUAGGCUCGUGCAGUUCCAAAAGGAGAGUGGUUUUGAAGAUUAUCACAUUCUCGGUCUUCAUCAACUUAGUGAUCUUGGGGUUUAUCCUGAACAAAUUUUGGAAGUAGCAACCCAGGAUUUUAGUGGUCCAUUGGUGGCUGGGAAUGUGACGACAAGUGAGAAACAGAGAAAGAAGCUCUCUUAUGAUCAAGAACAAGAUAGUCUGGUUAUUCAACAAGAACAUGUAGAUCAUACUGUGGAGGUUAGCACUGCCAAAAGUGUUGAUUCAACUACAAGCAGCUAUAAGAUGUCGUCCUGGAAAAAACUUCCAUCCGCUGCUGAGAAAAACCGGAAGUGCAAUGAUGCUGUUGAUACACCUACCAAGGAUAAAUCAGAAUCUCCACAUAAUAAAGAUGAUACAAGGAUUGUUGGAGAUGAUAACUCUGAAAUAAUUGCAACACCAGAGCAUCCUGCUUCGUCAGAAACGAGAAGAGUUCCUUGGGGACUCUGGGGUGAACACCAUAAUGUUGCAUAUGGCAAUUCAAUGAUAUGUCGGAUAUGCGAGGUUGAAAUACCAAUAGUACAUGUAGAGGAGCACUCUCUGAUAUGCACCAUUGUUGAUAGAUGUGACUUGAAAGGCUUAACUUUAAAUGAACGACUUGAAAGAGUUGUAGAUACUCUUGAUAAGAUAUUGGAAUCAAUGACACCUAAAAGUACACCAGGCUGUGAUACUCCAAGACAAAGUCUUGAGGUUGAAAGAAUGGCACGUGUACAUGAGGAAUUAGAUGAAUUAUCACCAAAACGGAACAGUUUCUCUCGACAUUGUUCUGAAGACAUGCUAGAUCUCAUGCCUGAUGCUGAUAAUGCUUUUCUUAUCGAAGAUAUAAAUGUUUCCCCAGAAAAUUUAUGUGAAGGACAUUCUGUAUUGUCACCUGAAGCAGACGCAAAAACUUCAUCAGCAGGAAGCUUGACACCACGAUCACCAUUAUUAACACCACGGACCAGCCAGAUAGAAUUGCUAUUGACAGGAAGAAGGACAAUAAUGGAACUUGAGAAUCAUCAGCAGAUAAGUAAGCUACUGGAAAUUGCCCGUUCUGUUGCAAGUAUAAACGAAUGCGACUAUAGUGCUUUGGAGUGUAUGCUUGACCGCCUGGAAGACCUAAAAUAUGCCAUUCAGGAUAGGAAGGUCGAUGCGCUCGUUGUAGAGACUUUUGGAAGACGCAUAGAAAAAUUAUUACAGGAGAAAUAUGUGCAUCUUUGUGCACAGAUAGAUGAUGAAAAACUGGACUUAUCGAAUCAUAUGGCUGAUGAAGAGAGUUCUUUGGAAGAUGAUGCUGUUCGCAGUUGGCGUGCAAGUCCUAUCAAUCCAUCCAAGGACAGAACUUCUAUAGAAGAUUUUGAAAUAAUAAAACCAAUCAGCAGAGGGGCUUUUGGAAGGGUUUUCCUUGCCAAAAAAAGAGCUACUGGUGAUUUGUUUGCUAUAAAGGUUCUAAAGAAGGCUGAUAUGAUUCGUAAAAAUGCAGUUGAAAGUAUCUUGGCAGAGCGUAACAUCUUGAUAUCAGUUCGCAAUCCUUUUGUGGUCCGUUUCUUCUACUCCUUCACAUGUAGGGAAAAUCUUUACCUGGUCAUGGAGUACCUAAAUGGUGGAGAUCUUUACUCAUUGUUGAGAAACUUGGGCUGCUUGGAUGAAGACAUGGCCCGUGUGUACAUUGCCGAAGUUGUUCUUGCUUUGGAGUAUUUGCAUUCUCUAAGUGUCAUUCAUAGAGACUUGAAGCCGGACAACUUAUUGAUUGGUCAAGAUGGUCACCUUAAGUUGACAGACUUUGGGCUCUCGAAGGUUGGUCUUAUCAACAGUACGGAUGACUUAUCUGGUCCCUCAUUUAAUAGUUCUGUUUUCUUUGAUGACGGAGCACAAAAAGGUCAAAAUUCAUCAAAGAGAGAACAGCGUCAAAAGCAUUCUGUUGUAGGAACUCCUGAUUAUUUGGCACCCGAGAUACUUCUUGGCACGGGACAUGGCACAACUGCUGAUUGGUGGUCUGUGGGUAUUAUUCUUUUUGAGCUGCUUGUUGGUAUUCCACCAUUCAAUGCAGAAAAUCCACAGCAAAUAUUUGAUAAUAUAAUGAAUAGAGAUAUACCUUGGCCCAGGGUACCUGAGGAGAUGAGCUUUGAAGCAUGUGAUUUGAUCGACAAAUUGCUGACUGAAAAUCCACUUCAAAGGCUAGGAGCAACAGGAUCCAAGGAGGUGAAACAACAUUCUUUCUUUGGGGACAUUAACUGGGAUACACUAGCCAGGCAAAAGGCUAUGUUCAUACCAGCAGCUGAUGCUCAUGACACAAGUUAUUUUAUGAGCCGGUAUAUAUGGAAUCCAGAGGGAGAGGGUGAACAUCUUCAAGGAGGCAGUGACUUCGAUGACUUGACUGACACAUGCAGCACUGGAUCAUUCAGCAAUACCCACGAUGAGGAUGGAGAUGAAUGUGGCAGCUUGGCAGACUUCAAUGCUCCCGCACUUGCUGUGAAGUAUUCGUUUAGUAAUUUCUCAUUUAAGAAUUUGUCUCAGCUGGCUUCAAUGAAUUAUGAUCUGGUGAUUAGAAGCGCCAAGGAAGCAGCAGAUGCCUCCAAACCAUCUGUUCCUUGAAAACUCUUCAUUAACCCCUCUUACAUACCUGUUCGUCAUUUUGCUCCCAGCUGAAGUUUCACUCUGUGCAUAGUCAAUUUCAAUUGUGAUUCUUUGACAAGGACAAAACUCCUCUCACUCUGAAAAUUUCGUGAAUAGACUUUCUUAAAACAGCACUUGGUCUUUUUAAACAAAAGGACAGUGGUAGUUGGAAUUGCUGCAUAUCCAUCUUGAGGGUGAAAUUUUCUUAGUUGUGAGAGAUUUAAACUGCAAUGUAAAAUGUAGAAUCUCAUUGCUAUAGCUAACGGGUCAUGGACAUUUUUGUGGUAUUAGCCACAUGCUUUUGUAUAUAUAUAGAUCUCAGGAAUUAAUAUUCUUCA